AUGGAACGGAUUAUGAGACUCUCACGCCGUGAGUUGUCGCAGACAACCACAACAUACAUCAUUAUUGGUGUCGUCGUUGGUGUAACAUGUACCGCCGCAGUCAUCGCCAUUCUCAUAUUCACGCGUCGGAGGGGACAAAAGUACAGCCAGCUGAGGAAGAACAGCCAGCUAAGGAAGAGGAGAUCCAGCACCAUUGAUCGAGAGUCUUAUAGGAAAAGCAUGAUGUCGACGUUUUCAGAGGUGGACGACGCUCAGAGGCAGGCCAUGAUUAGGAAAUCGCUUGCGACUCGAAGCUCCACCAUGGAUUUGAACGUCGACGCUGUGUCAAUACGGACAACUACCACGCAUCCACUCGAAGCACAGGCCGCACAAACCGAUAUUCAGUCACCACAACCUCAGCUACCACUGCCCCCUCCAUCGCGAGAUGAAGAGUCGUCGAUUGGCCUCAAGGAGGACUGGAAAGAAUGGGAAGCGAGGCUCAACGAAAACUAUUCCCCAUCACUCGGCCUUCAUCCAGCGCUCAGUCCUCGCCCAGCACUUGACUCUCAUCCAGUAUUUGGGCCCCAUCCAGCACUGGGUCCCCGUCCAGCGAUAUCUCACUCGCGCCAGAGCUCGAAUAGCUCGACUGCAUCUGCUGGCGCAUAUCUCUUAGACGCAAGCCCACCAUCUCAAUGCCAUCUUGGCCUUUCCACAAAUGAGCUCGACCGGCGCUCAUUGCCUCCGAUGACUAGGCCGCAUUCCAUUGUUUCCGUUAAAUCCAACCGAUCACUGCCGUCAAACUACGAAGUUGAACAUGAUCCGCGCACCCUCCAUCAAUCGCAACAAUCGCGAACUCGUUAA